AUGUCCAACUUAGCUCUGUCCUCGAUGCAACACCAAGGUCCCUCGAAAACAUUAGAAGCCGCUGAGCGUCCGACAAGUUUGCCCUCAAGUUCCUCCUCAUCUAUAUCAAGAGAAACCAAAGUCGGAUUUGGAGUCGGUGUUUCUUUGGGCUUCUUGAUACUUGUGAGCAUUAUCAUCUUGGCCUUUCGUAUUGGGAGGAAGACUGGUAUGGGUUCCGCGGCUGCAAAGAAGGCGCGGAGUUUUCAAGAUCUAUCGAGACUAAGUGGUGCUUGGUUUCGCAAAUCGGGAUUUGGAAAAGCUGAAUCAUGUGCUGAAUCUCAGCAGAUUUUCGAGAUUGGAAGUGGGAAGAGUGAGGUCAAGGUGGGAGAGUUGGAGGCAAAUACCAAAGUCGUGGAAUUGGAGGGUGAUGAUGUGGGCGGAGAUGAGGCUGUACAGUCUGAGAAGAGCUUUGUGUGUUCGAUUAAUGGCCAUGUUGCGACUCGCUUAGCAUUCGUUGAUUUGAUGAUUACUGCAGGGGGUCACCAGCUGGGCAAAAUAGGCGGGACUUUUUUUGGUGGUGCACAAGCCAACAGAAUCCCAGCUUAUUUUGUCCACCGGGAGGGGGUUAACGUUUGUGGUUAGCCAAAGUACAAAUGUUCUUUCUCACACUGUUGUUGUCAAAGGUUCUCUAUCGCGGAAUCUUGUACGCACGAAAGUCACGACAACCAAUUGAGAAAUCUCCAAUACCGAAGGCUUCUCACAGUUUCAACAGCUUGCGAUAA